CGAAACCCCUUUCACAUACUUUGAGCUCGAAACGAUUCUACCAAUCCAGAGACAAUUUGCUCUAGAGGGAUCAUUUACAUCCAUUUUUCGCUAUAGUUGUACGUUCUUUUCUCACUAAUGGAUAUUUGAGCCCCGUCUCCUUCUUUUUGGCGUUAUAGUAAACCUGGUUUAUCUGGCGAUAUCCUGUCGAGCACAACAUGACGGUCGCGCGGCCAGUUCGGGCGUUGAUCGCCGGCGGAUGCAUUCUCUGGUGUUUCUUUCUAUGGCAGAUAUUUGCUCCAUCAUGGUCGCUAAGAGGUCCCGGUGAUCGCUACUCCAACUUUGAACGGGAUCCUAUGUUAGAUCCUACCGAUGAACCAGAAGGAGUGUUACAUCGUACGAGUCCGAGAUAUGCCCACGAUGCGAAAAAGACGGAGCGCAUCGAUGCGACGCUAUUAGCGCUUGUGCGGAACGAGGAGGUGGAUGCCAUGGUCAUGUCGAUGAGGGACCUCGAAAGGACAUGGAACUCCAAGUUUAAUUACCCCUGGACGUUUUUCAACGAUAAGCCUUUCACGGAAGAGUUCAAGAGGAAGACAAGAGCGGCUACGAAGGCGAAAUGUAACUACGAAAUCAUCCCCAAGGAACAUUGGGACAUGCCCUCCUGGAUCGACGAAGAGCUCUUUCAAGAAUCCGCAAAGAUCCUCGAAAAGAACGGCGUCCAAUAUGCAAGCAAGAUAUCAUACCACCAAAUGUGUCGAUGGAACAGCGGUCUCUUCUACAAGCAUCCAGCCCUGAAGGACAUUCGCUACUACUGGCGUGUCGAGCCUAACGUGCACUUCUUCUGCGAUGUCGACUACGAUGUUUUCCGCUACAUGCACGAUAACAACAAGACAUACGGCUUCACCAUCAACCUCUACGACGAUCCCAAAACCUUACCUUCGUUGUGGCCCGAGACAGUCAAGUUUCUCGCUGAGCAUCCUAACGCAAUUCACGAGAAUAGCGCUGUAGCUUGGGUCACCGAUGAUAUUCGUCGGCCGUCAACGAACAGAAAGGCUCAGGGAUACUCGACAUGCCAUUUUUGGAGUAAUUUUGAGAUUGCGGAUAUGUCAUUUUGGAGGAGUAAGACUUACGAAGACUACUUCAACCACCUCGAUCGUGCGGGUGGAUUCUUCUAUGAACGAUGGGGUGAUGCUCCAGUUCAUAGUAUUGCACUUGGUCUAUUUGAGGACCAGAGCAAGAUUCAUUGGUUCCGUGAUAUUGGAUAUCAACACAUCCCCUUCUUCAACUGUCCCAACUCACCAAAGUGUAAGGGCUGUGUAACUGGCCGUCUCACUGACGGUGAGGCCUGGUUGCAUCGAGAAGACUGUCGACCCAACUGGUUCAAGUACGCCGGUAUGGGCUAACAAGCUUUGUCUCAUGUAAAAAUUUGACAAUAUUUGAUGCAUAGAAAGGGGUACAGAGUUUUGGUUUCUGGCAAUUUGGAUAACGAUUUGGCGCCGGUGGAAAGCUAUUAAUGUUCAAGCAAGCUGGAAGG